AAGGCCCCUGGAUUUUGUGGCCUUCCAUGACCAAGCACGUGGACCGCCAAGCGUUGAUCAGCAUCUCGACGCAUUGAUCGCUCCGACAGAACUGCCCUCCCCCCCCCCCGCGGGACGACAUGUGGUCCUUCAUCCGGCCAAUCUUCCUCUGGGGACUGGCCGCAGCAACAGUCGCUGCAGAACUGAACUUCGUUGCGAGCGUCCGAACAAAAGGCAAUGUCGACGCCUCCGCGCUCAAGUUCGUGCCAAUUCCGCCCUUGACACGGGGUAGGCACGGGUCGCGGGACUCGUGGCCUGGCCGGGGCGACAGCAGAGCCGAGAGGGAUGUCGUCAGCUACAGUUCGAACUGGUGCGGCGCAUCGCAGCAUUCCUCGCGAUCGGACGGGGUCGCGAGUGUGUUCGGCGCCUUCACCGUUCCCGACCUGACGCUGCGGCCUGGACUCCCGGCGCCGCAGUUCGCGAGCGCAUGGUUGGGCAUUGAUGGGGCAGAGUGCAACUCGACCCUGUUGCAAGCAGGGGUGACAAACAUCGUCAACUCCAAUGGCGGUCAGAGUGCUUCGGCGUGGUGGGAGUGGUAUCCGGAAGCGGCCUACACCAUCCAAGGCCUAAAAGUCAAGGCCGGGGAUUGGGUUACGGUAAAUAUCGAGACGACCAGUGCGAACAGCGCGAAAUUAGUCAUCACCAACGCCAGCCUGGGGUACGAGGUGACAUUGGUGCUAACCAACGGGCCGGAACUGUGCCGCGUGGAUGCCGAGUGGAUCAUAGAAGACUUUUACGUCUCGGGCCAGCAGGUCGCCUUCGCCAAUUUCGCCGACGUGUGGUUCAUGGAUUCGGGGGCGACAACGGUCGGGGGCAAGCACAUCGGCCUCGACGGGGCCGCCAUGGUCCAUCUUCAGGCCGACGAUGGCACCAUUCUCUGCUCGGCGCACCCGUACGACGACGCAAAUUUUGUCAUCGUAUCUCAUGCUUGAGAGUGCUCCCGGGGGUAAUUUAGGAGUGGGAAAGCUGCUGCGUUGGUCUUUCUUCUUUGGAUAUUGAUGAAGAAUCGGCGGUCCGUUUCGAAUUGCGUGUGUUGAGGGAAUAAUUUCAUUUUGCCCAGGAUGACUCCAAGACGAAAGAUGGCCGAAAGAGGUAUUCCGUACGGCCAAGGCUUUCCCAUAAAAUUAUUGUUUGGUGUUUCGAUCCGUUUGCCAUCCCGAUCGGCUCGAGCCCGAGAGAGUCCCUGGUCAUCGGGUAUGCACGAUGUAUGCCAAGACCGUUGCGCCGCUUUGUCCCUUGUGCCUGGUACUGGCGCGCUUGAUUUGCAGGGCCGUCCCUUGCCCUUCAGAGAGCCGCGUCGAAGAGACGACCUUGCAGUGACAUCACAACGUCAGCCCAGUCGGUCCAUCUUGAAACACCUUCCGGGUUGUGGCAUCCAACACGUGCGUUGUUUCUGGGAUGUCUUUUGGUGGUGCAAAAGCUCCGUUGAGC